CCGCCCCCCUGUGUGUUAGCAUCAUGGAUGAAGGUGUAGAAAGAUCAGCCAGGUAUGAUUUAAACAGGAGGCAGCUGCUGGAAAUGGGAGUCCAGGGACUCUGCGUCUCGAUUUAACGUCUAACUAGAUGACCAAAAAAGGUGUACUGUGUUAAUCUGAAGCUUGUUUUAAUUGUGAUGGAGGAGGUGGAGAACUGCCGUGAACCUGAAGAUGAGGCGUCUGUCAAGAAAGAAAGCGCUGAGCCUGGUGAAGGAGCUGGACGCCUUCCCCAAAGUGUCAGAGAGCUACGUGGAGACAUCGGCGUCAGGAGGAACAGUGUCACUUUUAGCGUUUAGUGCCAUGGCACUUCUGGCUGUCUUAGAGUUCUUUGUUUAUCGAGAGACUUGGAUGAAGUAUGAAUAUUCGGUCGACAAGGAUUUUUCCAGUAAAUUGAGAAUAAACAUUGACAUAACAGUCGCCAUGAAAUGCCAGCAUGUGGGAGCAGAUAUUCUGGACCUGGCUGAAACCAUGAUCACAUCUAAUGGCCUGCAGUAUGAACCUGUUAUUUUUGAGCUGACCCCGCAACAAAGACUGUGGCAAAGGACGCUGCUUCUCAUACAGAACAGGCUGAGAGAGGAGCACGCUUUGCAGGAAGUUCUUUACAAAACUCUCCUGAAAGGAGCACCCACUGCUCUGCCACCACGGGAGGAUGCCUCCAUGGAGCCCCUCAAUGCCUGCAGGAUACAUGGACAUGUCUACGUCAACAAGGUAGCAGGAAACCUGCACAUCACUGUUGGAAAGCCUAUUCACCAUCCUCAGGGUCACGCACACAUUGCAGCUUUUGUGAGCCACGAAACGUACAAUUUCUCCCAUCGAAUAGACCAUUUGUCUUUUGGGGAGGAGUUACCAGGCAUCAUCAAUCCUCUGGACGGCACAGAGAAAAUCACCUAUAACAAUAACCAGAUGUUCCAGUACUUCAUUACAGUGGUGCCCACGAAACUGAACACAUACAAGAUAUCCGCAGACACACACCAGUUCUCUGUGACCGAGCGAGAACGGGUGAUAAACCACGCCGCGGGCAGUCACGGUGUUUCUGGCAUCUUCGUCAAGUAUGACACCAGCUCUCUGAUGGUGACGGUCAGCGAGCAGCAUAUGCCGCUCUGGCAGUUCCUGGUGCGACUGUGUGGUAUAAUCGGGGGCAUAUUCUCCACCACAGGGAUGCUUCACGGGCUCGUCGGCUUCUGUUUUGAUGUCGUCUGCUGCCGCUUCAAACUGGGACUCUACAGGCCCGGAGAGGAUGCACAGCUGCACCAGAUGAAUAAUCUGAACCACCACCAUACUCCUCUGCUGGCUGACAAUCCCCCUCGGUAGUAGCCGCCGAUUCCUCGGCCUGCACGGGUGACCCGACAAAUAAUGAUCACAGUCGUUGCUUUCUCAUCAGAAACUUGAGUUCGGAUUUUCAGAUGAUAUUUGUUUAUUUAUUUAAAGUUUAUAAAGGUUUUUCAUUGCCAGCAUUACUGUACUGUAUAUCACAAAAUGUUUUUCUUCCAAAUGACCAAAAAAUAAAAACAUUUAAAAAAAUCCAUCCUGUUUACUUAGUAUAGUACAGUUAGCAUCAACUAUUGCACUGUAGGAGAAUGUGGACCCUGUGACUCUGGUCAUAUUUUGUAACGGUGAUGUUGAGAGUUUUGCUGUUACUCCGAUUACGUUAAAGUUGAAAUUCCCAGGAGGUCAUUAGCACCGCUGGUUUGUUUCACAGCAUUAAAGUGUAAAAAAAAAAGCCUAAAACAAAUAAAAGUUGAUUCCUAAAUGAAAUAACAUGCAGAUGUUUUUUAAACAGGUAAACCAUGAAAUGAUGGCAGUCAGGUUCGAGAACGAUGACUGAGCAAGUGCCAGGUUGCCUAUUAAGCCAUCCUCUAUAAGUGCAGUCGUAGUCAAGAAUGUCUUUAGCAGGUCUACCACAUGACAUAUGAGUCUUUAUUUAACAAAAAUUGAGCCAGUGUGUCACUAAAUAGACCUUUACUGCUUCCAGGAGCUGCUAAUCAAACCUGCUUGAUUAACUGAUCAUCAGCCAGCUGGCUUGGUCAGAACUGAAGUGGUUCCAGGAAAAAUAUAUCUUUCGCUUUUCAUUUUCUCCCCUGUAACCAUGAACGAGGGAGCUGGAAGGCAAGCAUGAAAGACUGCUGCACAUGUGCACCUUUACUCUUCGAGUUUAUUUCAGUUUUGCCAAGCAGACUUGAAAGUGUUGUCAGAGCAGGGAAUACAGGUAAUCGGACGUUUUGCAAAUGACACCAGAAAUAACAUGAAGUCAUUGGUUAAGUGAUGCCGUUGGUUACAUACAGUAACAGUAGCUCCAGUCUGGGGUUUAUGGUACCAACAGUGCUCUGCGUUUGAAAAAAACCCCAAGAAGACAAGACAGACACACAGAAGAGCAAAACUCCAUACUGACAACAUCAUUAAUAUAGCCCUGUAGCUCUUGGAGAACAAUCUGAUGCAACUGCUUCAUCAUGCAGGCCUUGUACAACGUUUCGGGUCUGAAAUUAAGAGGACAGUUAUCAUGAUUUCACCAGACAUGGGCUUUGCAUAAACAUUUAGUUUUGUCCCUUUUUCUCCCAUAAAGGCUCAUCACUGUUAAGUAUUUUUAAUUCUGUCAAGCGUAAUGCCUCGCAACAUAUACAAUACUGUACACAGCUGUCUCAUUCUUUUAGUAAAAAUCAUACCGGCCGGUCACACUUUUGGUAGACUCUGUGGGAAGCUCUGUGAAGACACUCAACCAAAAUAAAUCAACAGUCAAAUAAAAGUUUUUGGUAAUCUAUAAGAAUAAUAUGCAAGCAUCUAUUUACAGAUAUUCCAAAUAUGCAGAAAGGAUGUAAUGCCAGUAGAGUUGUAACCAUGUUCCCAGCCCUUUACUUGGGACUUUUUAAAUAUAAAUCUGGACUCAUAUCUUAUGGCUCUGUCUUGGCCCAGUUAUCUAGUUUUUACUUCAUUUAGGAAGAAUCGUUUGAAAAUGGGUCAUGAACUUUCACACAUAUAUUCCAGAUGCAACUCAACUCUGAUUGCUCAGUGCCCUGCCCCUUUAAGACGAUGAAGCUGAAGUACUCUGGCAUAGGGGAUACAAUGCCAGCUUAGAUUGUAAUUUAACCAGUACUUUUAAAUUCAUUAUUCUGCAGUAGCGUCAUAUUCACGCUGUAUGUGAUUUUAAAGUGCCUCACGAGUCUUUUGAUAUCUUAGUCUGCCUCAAGAAAUCAGAAGAGAAAAGAGAGCCUUCAUCUGCACAGGUGUGGGCCUUUUUUUUUUUUUUUUUUUUUUUAAACUUUAAGCCGUUGGAUAUCCCAGCAACUAGUUUUUUUCCCCAUUUUCUUUGGAUCUACUGAAGUUGUAGUGUGUGUCUCUUAUGCACUAACAUAAUGUUAAAAUCACAGUGGUAAAAAUCUUUUUUUUAAACAAUUUUCCAGCAGUGUUUGAAAAACCAGGGCUCGAGAUAUAACAACUGUAUUUAUAGAAACCUCAAAAUUGGACAUUGUCUUCUGAACAAUUUGACCCAUUUCCUCACAAUUGUUUGGUUUGGUAAAUAAAAGUGCCCUCUCUUGUGCACCAGGCAAUAUUUUCUUCAGUUUAUAUUUUAGUGGUACCUAAUGGGUACUGCCAACUCAAAUAUAACUCAUGUUUACCACUGUGACUAGGCUGGUGAGGUCUCCGCAGUAUUUCAGGUGACCUGACUUACUAUGAAAUCAAACUGCCCUCUCCAGCCCUACUCUGUAAGGCGUGGCAUUCCUCAGGGCUGAGUACCAGGCCCACUUAUUUUCUUUUUAACUUCCAUUUCAUCAUUUUAAAUAUGCAUUAUUAAAUCGAUCAGUUUGUCAUAGCAGUCUAUUUCUCCAUUCUGUGAGGUGAGGCAUCGCUUAUGGCUUUGUACCUGAACCACUUAUUUAGUGUUUUAGGAAGAAUUACUUGGAACUGGGACAUGACUUUUCACUCAUAUGGAGAUAACACUUUACUCUGAUCACUAAAUCAUAAUUAGCAUCUCAGGAGCACUGAAAACAUCUCUGGAUAAGUUGAAUGGGUACCACUGGCUCAAACAUAACUCAUGUUUACCACUCUGACUUCCUACUACAUCAAACUGCCCUCUCCAACUUCACUUUAUAAGGUCAGGCAUCCCUCAGGGCUCAGUAAUAGGCCCACUUUUUUUUUUCCUUUUUAACCUCCACUGUGUUGUGCACUUGCAACAAUGGCAUGAAUUCGGGCUCCUUUGCUGCAGUUAGCUGCAAUGGUCUCCAACUUUCAUCUUCUAUACUAUGAGGCAUUGAACCAUUUUAACUGAAUCACUCACUCUUGCUUUGCCUGUGAAAUAUCUUUCCCUAACGUGCUAAACUUUUGGGGAGUUGUCUUCUUACAAAGUUUGCUUAGAAACUGUUGGGAAACAAUGUGCAGUAUAUACUGGGCUAUACAAAUAAACUUCACUCUGAUUUACUCUUAUUUAUAUAAUCUACACAGCCAAGGUCUACCACAUAUAGUCGGACUAGCCUUUGGCGCAGGUAUAAAGAUGUAAAAGUAGUAAACUUAGUUUCAGUACAAACUGCUGUACAAACAGGCAAAAAAGUGGAUGAGCAUUCAAACAAGACGUACGAACAUCAACAUCUGUGGUCAUAAAUAAGUGACAACUGUAACAGCAGGAAAGGUGGCAUCUGUAUCUGUAGUCAUAGGUGUCUCAUGUAGUUUGAGUUUAGCUUUAAUACUAUUCUUAAUAUACUGCAGAUCGGUAUUAAGAUGGAAAACCACCGGUGAGUUUUUUUGGAGAUGUUAAAAAGGCAGUGGAUGCACUCAUUGCAAAGACAUACAGAUAUCGGAAUCACCCGUGUAUUAAAGACAAGAACCGGAGAUCCCCACAGUAAAAACAAACAAACAAACAAACAAAAACAUGAACUAUAAUGAUCUCUUAGAAAUUUCCCUCCAAUGAUGCAGUGCCAGUAUUAUUCAAGUAUGAAAA